AUGGCAACUGGCGAAGAAAGAUUUAUUAGAGAAGAAAGAGUGAAGUCAUCUGUAAAGGAAGCAGAGAAAGAUCUGGUUCUGAAAGAAUCUGCUUUGGAACCAGUUCCGAUGGUGACAAAGGAUUUGCAGGAAGGUAAAGGUAUUGUUUUCAGCUAUCCAGCAGAAGAAAUUGUUAACAACACGAAAGGUCAGGGGCAGCAAGGUGAAAAAAUAAUGGAUUCAGCUAUAAGAGCAAAUCCUGCUAUGAGAUGGAGAACAGAGCAGCAGAGUAGAGGAGAGGUUUUUUCUGGUAAUUUGCAGACUUCUGAAUCUUCAUCUUCUGGAAGUGGUUCUACGGGUUCUAGAUUGAAGUCUUUUGACCUCAAUCUUUCCGGGACUUCCUCACAGAAGUUUAAUAUCCGUAAGAAACCGGGGAAAAACAAGAGGAAUCAGAAGGUUAAUGCUGCGAAGGAAGAUAAUAUCCAGAUUUCACUAAAAGAAGGUGUGCUUAUAGGAAGUGUUGAGAAAAGGAAAGCGACUGAUCAGAUGGGUGGAGUUUCCAAAGCUAUCAAGCAAAUAACUCACGAGGCGAUCCCGAAGGAGGGACUGUCCAAGGAUCAAUGA